UCUGUGUGCACCAGCAAUGGCGGGCGCGGUGUCUCUUUCGGUUGUUUUGGGGCUGCUACUUGGGCUUGCUCUGCCCGGGGUCCUCGGAGACCGCCCCAGUCCUGACCUUUGGGCACACCCAGGGGACCCCGCCCAGGUCGGCCUUGGGGCUACGGAACCCCGGCGGCGGCCGCCGCCUAAGGACCAACGUGAGCGGACCCGGGCCGGGGCGCUGCCUUUGGGGGCGCUGUACACCGCGGCCGUCGUGGCUUUUGUGCUGUACAAGUGUUUGCAGGGGAAAGAUGAGGCUGCAGUUCUCCAAAAGGAGGCAGGCAAGAAGGAAUCGUUGCAGUCAGAGCAACAGCUGGCUCAGUUGACACAACAGGUGGCACAGACAGAGCAGCACCUGAACAAUCUGAUGGCCCAGCUGGACCCCCUUUUUGAGCGAGUGACUACUCUGGCUGGAGCCCAGCAGGAGCUUCUGAACAUGAAGCUACAGACCGUUCACCAGCUGCUACACGAUAGCAAGCCCGACAAGGGUGUGAUUCCAGAACCAGAGGCCAGUCUACCCUUUCCUGAGGACUUAUGUAUAGAGGAGCUUGAGGAGGAGGCUGGUGACAUUCAGGCCUGGAGCACAGAGACACAGAACCUAGCUCCUUCCUGGGAGGUGGAGCAGGGGCUAAGGAGAAGAUGCAGCAAGGUUGCGGCAAAGGGCCCCAGUCAUAGUCUGGGCCGGGAAGGAGGGACAACAGCUGAGGGUUUAGUAAAACAAAGUCCAUUCUUGUGACUGGA